AGCAAUAAUCGGGGCUACCUUUAGAACAGAGAUAAAAGGAGCUUAGGGUUGGUUUCAAUCACCUUUUGGCAUGGCCCUUGAGGGGUAUUUAUAUGUUCCGAUGAAAGACCCAUGUAGCAUGCCAAGCAAGAUACUCGGGAUCCGAUGUGUAUCUCCAGGCAGUUAUUUCAGGACCGGGAGAUUGAGCCAAGCAAGAUAUUCGGGAUUUGAUGUGCAUCUCCAGACAGUCCCUAGCAACCUUCCACCUCAUCCCCCACCCCCAAUCCCGAAUACAUUCCCUCAUGUUGACCAUGCAGAAGGAGGGGAUGAAAAUCAGCCACACAAUUCAGCUCACAACUCAGCCUUUACUACUAACCAAGACGUAGUUGCAACUCAGCUCGCUGCCAUGCAACAACAGUUUGGUGUCUUUCAGCUAGUGCUGGCUCAGCUAUUAGCCCGGAACAAUCUUGGUGAUCCACUCAUCAACCUACUUAAUCAUGCUCCACAACCCCUAGCUCCACCACAAAAUCUUGAACCAAUUCAGCAUGCUCUUGCUAUUAGUGAAUCUCAGGGCCAAUCUCACAUCGCACCAGUUCAGCAACCCCUUCAUGAUGAUGUCACUCGACGUCUUGAUAGCUUAGAAAAGCUAGUGGCUGAACAGCGAGGUGCCCCACCUUCACACCCUGCUGCUGACUCCGUACCCCACCCUCUCAACACCAAUAUUACACUGGAACCCUAUCCCGCUGGCUUCAGGAUACCACAACUUGAAACUUAUGAUGGGACGAAGGACCCCGAUGAUCAUCUACAUGCUUUCUACUCUUGCAUGCAAGCCCAGAAUGCCUCUGAUGCGUUGAUGUGCAAAAUUUUUCCCUCUACCCUCCGAGGUAAUGCUCGAACCUGGUACUAUAGUCUGCCUCCGAGGUCAAUCAGCUCUUACACAGAAAUGGCAUCUGCUUUCGCCACAAAGUGUUCCAGUAGAAGGUUGAUCAGGAAAACCAUGUCUGAGCUGAUGCUAGUUAAGCAGAGGGACGGAGAGUCUUUGAAGAAUUUUAUGAGCAGAUUCAAUGAUGCAGUGCUGGAGGUUAACUCUUUCGACCAAGCUGUGGGAAUUACAGCUGUGAUCUCAAGUCUUAGCCAUGAGAGAUUCAGAGAUAGUAUGCUCAAACAUCCUGCCACCACCUUCAGCGAGAGAGCUGAACAGCCACGGUUUGUCAGAGAACAAGGGCCACAGCCUCAAGGAGUUCGUAACCCACCAAACCGGCAAGAGGUUAAGCAUCAGAACCGAGCUCAGAAGCGAAAGUUUGACGAUGCUGAGUGGAAGAAUCAACCCAUUACCUUCACAUCUAUUGAUCUCAAUACAGUCGUUACACCUCACAAUGACCCCCUAGUCACUUCUGUCACAAUUAACAAUUGUGAGUAUGAUGGUCCCAUUUACGGAUUCAACAACCAAUCAGUCCCAGUUGAAGGAGUCCUCACCAUGAAUGUUGCAUUUGGAAGUGGCCGAAGUUAUGUGACCCCUUCAGUUAGGUUUCUAGUAGUCAAGAUGGCGUCCUCUUUCAACGUUGUCAUUGGCCGACCCACACUGACUGAAAUCCGAGCUGUGGUUUCCCAAUCUCACCUAUGCAUGAAAUUCCCAACUCUUACGGGAAUAACAAUGCUACGAGGCAACCAGGAGAUAGGAACUCGACUGAGCCCUGAUGAGAGAACAGAGCUAAUAGCUUUCUCCGAGCUAACAAAGAUGUUUUUGCAUGGACCUCAGCAGAUAUGCCGGGAAUUCCCACUUCGGUUUCUUAACAUAAACUCAGCACCAAUCCAUAAGAAACCAGUAGUCCAGAAGUGGCGCCUCUUCGGGGGGGAGAGGUUAACGGUCAUCAAAGAAGAAGUUGAAAAACUCUUACAAGCUGGCUUUGUUAGACGGGUCGAUUGCUGUGAAUGGGUCGCCAAUCCUGUUCCAAUGGCUCCUGAAGAUGAAGAAAAAACCUCGUUCUAUGCCGGCAAUGAAAUCUAUUGCUAUGUGAUGAUGCCCUUCGGUCUGAAUAACGCAGGUGCCAUUUACCAGAAGAUGGUUACCAUCGUAUUCCAAGCUCAAAUAGGCCGGAAUCUGGAAGUAUAUGUUGAUGAUAUCGUGGUGAAAAGUUUGAAAGCUAGAGAUCACUUAACCGACCUCGAGGAGACAUUCAACAACCUCAGAAAGAACAUAAUGAGGCUGAAUUCAGCAAAGUGCAUCUUUGGCGAGUCUGGAAAAUUUCUAGGCUUCAUGGUAUCUAGGAGGGGGAUCGAGGUUAACCUUGAGAAGAUCAAAGUAGUAGCUAAGAUGGAACCACCAAAGUCAGUAAAAGAUAUACAGAGGUUGACUGGAAGAGUGGCAGCUCUUCAUCGGUUCAUAUCGAAGUCAGCAGAUAAAUGCCUGCCAUUUUUUAAGAUUAUGAGUGUGCUGCAUAGAGCAAAGCUGAGGUAUUCCAUUGCUGAGAAAGUAGCUUUAGCAGUUGUCACUUCGGCCAGGAAGUUGAGGUCAUAUUUCCAGUCACACCCGAUCGUUGUCCUUAUAGACCAACCUCUUCGACUAAUUAAAUGGGCAGUGGAACUGGGGGAAUUCGAGAUAACAUUUCAACAGAGAUCUGCAAUCCGAGCUCAGGCACUGGCAGAUUUUAUUGUAGAAUGCACUCCAUGUCAUUUAACCCCCAAUCCAGAGCCCAACGAGUGGACCUUAUAUGUUGAUGGGGCAUCUAGUAACAAAGGUUCAGGAGCUUGUGCUCUCUUGAUUGGCCCAGAUGGGUACCCAAGUGACCAUGCCUUGAAGUUCAACUUCGAUGCAACAAAUAACGUGGCUGAUGACUCCCAGCUGGUGGUGAAUCAAAUCAACUCAAUCUGCGAAGUUGUCGAUCCGGUGAUGGUGAAGUAUGUAGCCCUUGUGGCCGAGCUGAAGUGUAGAUUUCAGAGGUUCUGUCUGAGCAAAAUUCCCCGAGCUGAGAAUGAACAGGUAGAUUCACUUUUUAAAUUUGCCUCGGAUAGCUCUUUAAGUUUUAGAUCAGUUUUUGUGGAGGUCUUAGAUGCACCAAGCUUCACGAAGCCGCGGGUAAUGGAGAUCAGCACAGACCCCGACACGCCAAGCUGGACUGACUUCAUUUUCUCCUUCCUACGAGACGGGGUAAUACCUGAGGAUAAGCAGGAGGCAAUGAAGUUAAGGAAGAAAGCAUCUCGGUAUACACUUGUUGAUGGGGUCCUCUAUAAGAGAUCUUUCUCACUCCCUCUUCUACGGUGCUUGAAUCCCUAUGAAGCAGAAUAUGCACUCAGGGAGGUGAAUGAAGGUGUCUGCGGAAGUCACGUAGGCCCAUUUAUGAAGGGGGUAGAAGGUGUAACCCAUCUCAUUGUCGGUGUAGAUUAUUUCACAAAAUGGGUUGAAGCUCGGGCAUUAUCCAGUCUUACCUCUAAGAAGGUCAAGGACUUUGUUUUCAGCUCGAUUAUUUGCAGAUAUGGGAUCCCGAAUCAGAUUGUAGCUGAUAAUGGAACUCAGUUCAAUUGCUCCUCAUUUCGAGAUUUCUGUUCCAGCUACGGGAUUAAACUGCAGUUCACCUCGGUUUACCAUCUGGAGUCCAUCGGCAUGGUCGAAUCUGUUAACAAAUGCAUCUUAGAAGGUAUAAAGCCGAGGUUGGAACAACACAAGGCCAAAUGGGCAGACGAGCUCAACAACGUCCUCAAGGCAUACAGAACUACAAGCCGAACUGCCACAGGUGAAACACCCUAUCAUCUGGCCUUUGGUACCAAAGCAGUCAUUCCUAUCGAGAUAGGGGUCCCAUGCUUCAGGGUCACCCAUUUCGAUGAAGGGCGAAAUGGACAACUGCUUCGGGAGAACCUUGAUCUGCUUAAUGAAGCCAGAGAAGAAGCACGACUUCGAACUCUAGUCUACAAGCAGAAAAUAGCAAACUUCUACAACAAACGAGUUCGACCCCGAACAUUCAAAGUAGGAGAGUUUGUUCUCAGGAAAACUGGUCUAACGGGGUUCGAAACUCGAUUUGGAAAGCUAGCACCAAACUGGGAAGGCCCCUACACUGUUGCAGAAGUGCCCCACUCAGGUGCUUAUAUUCUACAAGACACUGAGGGCAAAAGGGUUCCUAGAGUCUAGAAUGCUAAGAACUUGAAGAAAUUUUACCCUUAAUACACUUCUUUCCAGUGAGCUUUGUCUUAUUGAUCACCAUUAUUCUGAUUAAUGUAUAUCGACACUCAAUUCAUUUACAUCAUUAAUGAACUUCGCUUCACAUU